AUGAAAAAGAAAUCUGAGAAAAAGAGAGAGACAAUUAGCUCCGAGAGACAUCGACUCGUCGAGGAAUUGCAUGCUCCUGCGAGAAGAAAUUUUCCGCGAAUGCGCGUCAUAGUCCGGAGAUACGACGAUCUGUGGCAGGCUGAUGUCGUUGAGAUGCGCCCAUACUCGGGCUUCAACAGAGGUCACCACUACAUACUCAUCGAUGUGUUGAGCAAAUACGCGUGGGCCAUAUCACUCAAAAGCAAGGAUGGAAGCGAGACGGCUAACGCUAUCGCUGAGAUCAAAAGCUUGAAAAAGCAUGUUAAUCACUAUUCCACGUAUUCGAUGUUGAAAGCCUCAGUGGUCGAACGGUUCAAUCGCACGCUCAAGAAUGACAUAUGGAAGAUGUUUACGCUCAACGGCAAUUACAAGUGGAUCGAUGAGCUGCCGCGACUCGUGUCAGAUUACAACGCGCGCAAGCAUCGCACCAUUGGCAUGCGACCAGCCGAAGUAAUUCCCGCGAAAGACUCUUGGACAUGGUACAGCGCGAUAAAGAUCGAGGGUCCUGCAAAAUUCAAAGGUUACACGCCAAAUUGGACCACCGAGAUACUUACAAUCGUUAAAGUGCAGCGUAACAAUCCUGUAACCUAUUUACUCGAGGAUUAUCGAGAAAAAUCCAUUUGCUGGAGCGUUCUACGAGUACGAGUUGCAUCGCGCUAUUCAUCGGACGUGUAUCUCGUGGAGAAAGUACUGCGCAGGAAGGGAAACAAGGUGUACGUCAAGUGGCUGGGAUUCGAUGGAUUGCACAAUUCAUGGAUACACAAAAACAAUGUUAUUUGA